AUGGCGACGACGCCCUUCUCAGUGACAGCCCACCCCUACCCAUCCAAAGUCAAGCAUGCGUGUGCUUACGAGCUGGGCUCGUCCCCGGCUCGCAACGCCAUCAUCUUUGUUGGAGGUCUCGGGGAUGGCCCUCAUACGGUCCCCUACAUCCGGGCAGUCGCUGCCAAGAUUGCAGCCGACACGGACCUGAGCUACUCUGUCUUUGAGAUCCGGAUACGCUCUUCCUUCUGCGGCUUCGGUUGGAACAAUCUCGCCAAGGAUGUUCAAGACAUCUCAUCUCUGGUCAAGUAUCUACGGGGCAUAGGGAAGGAGAAGGUGGUGCUCAUGGGCCACUCGACGGGCUCCCAGGACUGCAUCGAGUACACGGACUAUGAGAAGCACCAGAACGAGCCCAUAGAUGGCUUCAUUCUCCAGGGUUCGGUGUCUGAUCGGGAGGCCUUUGCUGAGGAUCUUGGCAAAGACGAGGCGGACAGGAUGGUUCGCCUCGCCACAGAUAUGAUCAACGACGGCAGGAAAGACGAUGCCGUGCCCAAGUCACAACUUCCUCGGCCAUUCUUCCCUUGGCCUGUGACUGCGUAUCGAAUUCAUUCUUUAGCAGGCGUCGGCGGCGACGAUGAUUAUUUCUCAUCAGACAUUCCUGACGAGAAGCUUGCUGCAAUUUGGGGCCGGGUGAAGCAACCCAUCAUGGUUGUCCCAUCUGCAGAGGACCAGUAUGUCCCCAAGACCGUCGAUUUCACGAAGCUGCUGGCCAAGUGGAAAUCCUUCUGUCCUAGCAUGAGCGAUCUUUCGGGCUUGAUACCUGGGGCAAACCAUACGGUUGAUGCUCAAGAAUCGCAGGACUGGCUUGGGGACAGAGUGGCAAGCUUUUUGAAGAGCCUGGAGAAGUCGAAUUAG